UUUGUUUUUGAUAAUUUUCACGUUUUACUUUCACAAUAUUGUUACACAGAAUUGGUGGUUUGCUGUUACCGUGGAACUUAUAGAACCCAGAACAUGUCGAGGGAGCUAAGUAGACCUCGAAAAAGACCUCGGAGGCCGCAGGUUCGAGGAAAUCGUGUUGUUGUUACGCUCAGUACUUCUUCCUCGAGCGAAGACGAACACAUUUUUGAGAGUGAGCGCGACCGAACGAAAUUCCAUAAAUAUGUGUACCGACGAGCGACAUCAAAUGGCACAUUUUGUGACUGUUCAGGAAAUAGUAGUACCAACAAUUGCUCAUGUACGUGUAACGAGGAACACUCAGAUACAGAAUGGCAGUGGGACAACCCCAUACCACCUCCGAAUACCACUGUCAGUGAUGUGUAUUUAGAAAAUCGUGAAGUAUGGUUUCAUAAAAACUAUAGCUGUGGUACUGCUGCAGCACGUGGUAGUAUGCCUAUGAUUGAUGGCCAGCAUUAUUGGGAAAUAAAGAUGAUAUCACCAGUGUAUGGAACCGAUAUGAUGGUGGGCGUUGGCACAGAUGAACUAGACUUAACAAAGUACCAUACUAAGUUCUGCAGUCUACUGGGUCUGGAUCACAAUAGCUGGGGCCUGUCCUAUACUGGCCAUAUGCAACAUGAUGGCACACCAAAACGUUACUGUUCAAAGUUCGGUCAGAACACUGUGGUAGGAGUACACCUGAAUACGUGGUCGGGAACAUUAUCGUUUUACAUAAACCGGCAACCAUCAGGUGUGGCAUUUAAAGGUCUCCAAGGGAAGAAACUUUAUCCAGUGGUGUGCUCCACGGCUGCACGGACCGGUAUGAAGAUUGUAAAAACCAGAUCAUUUCCUACUACAUUACAGUUCCUUUGUUGUGACGCAAUACGCAGGUAUAUUCCCAAAGACUUGAAGGUCUUAGCGGUUCUUGAACUACCGCCUGGACUUCAAAGCUUCCUGCAGGACAAUCUGGGGUGGUUGUUAGACACUUGUGUGAUGAACGAGAAAAAGGAACUCUGUACGACGGGUACCCAGACAAGUCUAACAUUGAGAGAUAUACGACAUGUUAGUGAUCCCUAACUUAGUCAGCAAAAACAUGAUGAGUCUACCUACAUGUAGUUCAGUGUAGAAGUGCAUAUAGAGAUGUUAUAGAUUUAUUAUACCGGUACUAGUGUGUACUUGACAAACAAAGUCUUUUCUUGUUUCUCACUACCGAUACUACUAGGUGAUUGUGACGACUACAAAAACUAAAAUCCAAUGUCUAAUGACAUAGGAUGCCAUUUACUGAAUGGACGAUAUUUUCAGAUCUUGUGUGGGAGUUCUUAACAUCUUUACUUGGUUUUUCCUUUCCUGAAGGCCUUAAAAAGGUACCGCAAUUUUAUCCACACAAUUUGAAGACCAGUUUUAAUAAAUUUGUGACUGAACUUUUCACCGUGUAUUAGUUGUUUUACAUCA